AUGGGACUUAGAAUAACGGGGAGCAGUGUGGCUCUGGUAAUCAAGGUGAAAUGGGGAGAUAUAGAGGCGAAGACGCGCGAGGAAAAGGGCGGGAGGAAAGAAGAGAAGGAGGAGGAAGGACAAAUUGAAUUGGGCCGCUUGAUUCUAAAGAGUGGACACGUGCAUCAGUUUUUUAGGAGUGAUUUCUACUUAUCAUUGCUUUCCAGUUACAGGAUGUAUUUCAAAAUUAAAUGA